CAGCCUGUGAUCUGCUGUCCAUCAUCGGUCCGCCAUGGGUGAGAAGUUCAGCAAACCCAUAUCUAACCCACUGAGAAACUUCAGCUUCUUUUCUUCUUUUAAAUGUAGCCGAUCCAGGCAGCCAUCCUUUUAUCGUAACAUGUCCCCCCAACCGAGCAUCUUUGCUACACUAAGGAGACGUGAUGUCCCCAGGCCCAACGAGUUCAUACAUCUUUUCAGCGACUGCAUCUCUGCUGCCUCAGCCAGAGCCCAGGAGUACCUCAGCUUCAAGGAUCCAGAGGACAAGUUCUGCCCGAGUCCCGAGGUGCUCACUCAGGUCUUCCUGAUGACCUACAUCGCUCGGAGUGUGGAUGUCAACCUGCAAGACGACCUUAACUGCACAGUCAUGACGCCCGAGCAGCGCAUCCUCCUGGGUGCCGACUGGGUUUGGGCGGUGCUGGAGAGGCCGACCAAGAACCCUAAAUUCCAGAUUGUCGUGCAAGUCCUGCACCUGCCUGAAAGGGAGGAGGCUGAGAACGUCUCCAGGGAGACCUGCAGUGAAUCUAUCCAGAUGGCUCAGAUGGAGUCCAGCAACGAGAACGUGCACGAGAGGAUGGUGAACUUCUGCACCUCCAUCGGCAAGGACUGCUAUGCUCUCUUCUUGUUUUUUGGGAAAAAAAAAGACAAGGCGAAUAUCUACGGCGUCCUCAGCAAUAAUUUUGAGGCGGCCACUGGAAAAUGCAAAAUUGACAGAGCUCUGAUCGAGAACUUCUUUAAAGGUUCGAGGUAUCUCCAUACGCCUUUAGGAAUGAUGCAGGCAAUUAUGACCAGAAAUAGGGGUGAACCCAUCACUCUCAUGAUUAAAUUCAGCUGAACCAGCUCAUGCUUGGUGGCUAAAGGCACAACACACCACCCACGUGCUAAAAUGCAGUGUCAGCAUUAAAGACCUUUUACGUGUGUCCUUGUUGAUGAUCUUCCACCUUAAUGUGUCAUUCCACUUCUCGCCCUGCUUUCUGACAGUAGUUUACACACUUAUAAUAGGAUAUUUGAGUGCAGUGAACUCACCGUCACGUUCAGGAAACCAGUUUGAUCUGAGUUUUGUGUUAUCCUGCUGGAAGCGGCCAUCAGAGGAUGGGUGCCAGUUUACUCAGACCAGCCUGACUGGCACCAACUGUGCCACAUUCAAAGUCACUUAAAUCACCUUUUGUCCCCAUUCUGAUGCUCGGUUUGAACUUCAGCAGGUCAGCUUGGCCUUAUCUACACGCCUAAAUGCAUUGACUUGCUGCCAGGGCAUUGGCUGAUUAGAUAUAUGCAUUAAUGAGUUGCACGUGCCUAACAAUGUGGCCAGCCCGUGUAUAUGUGUGACUGCAUGUUUUCUGUUUGGGUUCCUUGGUUAUGGAAGAACCUGCCGAAGGAACUCAAACUUGAUUUGUCAGCAUCUUCAUGUAAAUCACAGCUCGACUUAUUUAUAUCAUAAUGCUUUCUUCUUCUUCUUCUACAUUUUUGUCUUUUUCUUAUUAACUCUAGAAUCACUGUAUUUCAUUCUUGAUGUUGCACUUCCUAUUUUGAAUUGAUAUUUGUUUUUCAUUUUAUUUUAACUUUCACCUCUUUAA